UCCUUCCAUGGAGGAGAGGGGGCCUCCCUCCACUUCUCAUGUUUCCGGUGACUACCCCCCUAAUUCCACCCACAAAUAUCAUAGCAUUCCAGACACCAACAACUUCCAAGACACCCCUACGGGGACUUACGUCGUCCAAGUCCAUAAAGAUCGAAUUUAUAGAACCCCACCACCGGAAAACGCUUUGAUUGUGGAACGCUAUCGUAAUUCUCCUGCUAAGAAACAAUCUAACUGUAUUAAAUAUGUGUUGAUUUCCAUCGCUAUUAUAGUUCUCCUUCUAGGAUUCAUAGGUGGGAUUACGUUAGUCGUGAUCAAGAAAGAUGACCCUAGAUUUCGUGUAGAACGUGUACGUGUUAACACAAAAGAAAAAAACCGACAAAAGAAAACCGAUUUCGACAUCACGUUGGCAUCAAGAAACCCUAAUGCUCACACGAUCAUAUCAUUUGAUGAUCAUGGAAAAGCUGCUUUGUCUUUUAAAGAUAGAAGAUUUGCCAUUGGAAAGUUUCCAUCAUCUGAACAAAGCCCAAAAAACUCAAAGGACGUGAAGUUAACCCUUACGAGUUCAUCUAAUAGUAAGUUACCUAUGGGGAUUCGAAAAAGCAUGAAUGGGACGACUGGAAAAUCCCAAAGAAAUGUCGAAAUAUUACUAGAGUUUAGGGUUCCGGUGAAAAUGAAGGUGGGGACGUUGCAGAUGAAGAGCAAGACGAUAUCAAUGUUGUGUCAUUUCAAGGUCAAUAAUUUGGCCAAGAAUCCACGUAUUUUAUCUCAAGAUUGUGAUUAUUCCACGAGAUACUAA